AUGCGCCUAGUGCAGAGUUUUAACCCCAGCAGGGUGCUGCAGGAAGGGCUGAGCCCGAGCCCUCUCUGCCCAAGGCAGCCCCCAGAGUCUGGGAAUCGAUGGCUUUACCCCCGAGGCCUUCCCUCCUCCCGCUUCCCCGCCGCCUCGCCUCGUUUCACGACUCCCAGGACGCACAGGUGGGCGGCGGAGGGAUCUCGUCCUCCCAGGAGUCUGGAGUCUGCGCAGCCGGCCGCCCCAUGUGCUCCACGCCGGCGCCGCGCCGCCCACCCAGCUCCGGUCCAGCCCCGUGGGCCCGCGUGUUCUCGCUGCUACUCCCGCGAGAUGCCGCCGCCGAUUCCGGGCCCAGACUGUGGGGACAGUUCGGGACUUCGCGUCCUUCUGGUGGGGCAGGAGACCCUUGAGAUCUGCAAGUGUGUUCACCUGGCCUCAAGCCGCACCUUUCAUUUUGGGAAACCAGCAAAAGAAAACACCGCCGGCACGCUUCAAACGAAAACCCAUCCCCUGACCCCCAGGUUCCCCUUCCCUCUGGUAGAGACCCUGCCCCGCACUGAUGCCCCCAGGCCAGGCUGCCUCUCCAUCCCCCGUGAAGUACCUGUUGCCCUUCUCUUCUGCCAGGGUAUCAAUUCCAGGGAGGCGGACAGGGUGUCUGUCGCACUCCUGUCUGCGGUGUGCCCCGUGCAGCAGCUGCUCAGAGCUUUGCCGAGUGAACAGCACAAAACCCUCCUGUGA